AGUGGAUUAGUGGAGAGGGAGACCUAUUCAGUAUUUUACUUACCCAGACAAGUGCUGUUUGAUCCAUCAUGAAUUGCUAUUUUAUGGUGUGUACAAACUCCUUAUCUUGUGCCUUGUACAGACCGGUAUAAUUGAUGUAAGAGUAUAACUGUAGUGUGAACUAUAAGACCAUUUAAGGCUUUCUGCCUCUUAAUUUUUUUCCAAUCUUUAGGAGUGAAUCAACAGGAAAUGAAGCGCAAAAAGGACAAGGCGUAGAUGUUGCUUCUGGCCUGGAAGGCGAACCAAACACAACAUCUUUUAUGCGUAAUACCAUGGUGAGUAGCACAAUGGUCAGUGGAGAAGCAUCUGAAACUGAUGAUGAAGAUGACGAAAAUGAGGAAAAUCCAGGAAAUAUGAAAGAAGAUGAAGAUUUGGCGACAGAAGAUAAACAUUUAAAAGAGGAAGGAGAUGCAGACACUGACAUCUUGGAAUCUGAACAGGACACAAGUGCAGGGAAAGCCAAGAGACAGAAAAUUGUCUAUAAGUUUGAUUCGUAAGUAUUCAACUCAUUUAUGCCCUUUAUACAUAUAAUCAAUGUCAGAUUCUGUAAAUUACUUUCUAUGCAUAUGUAGAGCAGCAUUGUAACAUGAAAUUGUUACACAAGUAUGACAUUGCAAUAAGCACCUUAUUCAUGGCUUAUUGCCUUUGGUGUGGACCAAUUGAGUGAAAAUGAAACUUAAGUAUUCUAUGGAGUGAAACAGUCACACAAUACCAAGGAGUGUGAGUAUUACUUCAGUACAUUACAGGGAUAGUCACAGAUAUCAUCUGCCAAACUUUUAGAAAUAGCUUAUAGAAAUUGCUAAUGUAUACCAGUUUAUUUUUCAACUUUGUACAAAAAAGUGGCAAGAUAUUAUUAAGUUUUACUUAAAAUUGUUAAAUGUUUACUUGCUACUGAACAUAAGAACAUUAAUUUGUAUUGUAUGCAUGUAUGGUAUUUUAGAACUGUUAUAUUAAUUAAUUUUGACACUGCAUUUGUUUGCUUUGCUUUUCCAUAUGACACUGCCAAUGUAUCUUUCAAAUGAUAGUCCAUUCCACCGGAAACUGAGUAAGUAUUAAACACAGAUAUUGCUAUAUACAUGUACACUGCAUAUGACCUGAUAGAGUAACAUUCAGUUGAUUCUCAAUAUUGAUCAGGGAUUGGACUGUUUUUUUCUCUACUCUGUUCUAUGAUUGGUCAAGAAAUCUUGCGUCAUCCUUUCAACCAAUCAGAUUUCAACAUAAAACCAAUUUUUAUUUGUUUUUUUUUUCUGCACCAUAGGCAAUUUUCUUCUUCUUAGUUUGAGUUCUUAUUUGCUUGUUGUGAUUUUAGCCUUGGUUCUGAUUAGCCCUGGUCAUGACAUUGGCAUUGGUUUUGUUUUGCCAUAAUCAAUCAAAGACUGCUCUAACUUUGUUCCAUGACAUUCAACUGCUCAAGAAACUGUUAGCAAGGCAUGUAUUGUGAAAAAACGUUUCAGUGGGUAGGGGUAGGGUUAGGGGUACAGGGUAGGGGUAUGGGGUAGGGGUACGGGGUAGGGGUACAGGGUAGGGGUAUGGGGUAGGGGUAUGGGGUAGGGGUACAGGGUAGGGGUACGGGAUAGGAGUAGGGGUUAGGGGUAGGGGUAGGGGGUAGGGGUAGGGGUAGGGGUAAGGGAAAUUUAGUAUCCAAUUAAAGUGGAAGGUUAUAUUGGAAUAGACAGGUUUCAAUUCACCCACAGAAUACUCUUGGUUUGAAUUUUUCCCUCCAUGCUCAAACCCAAACUUUCCCCCUCCCUCCCAACCCUUAGUUUUCAUUCAUACUUUCCUUUGAAUUUUUCUCACCAUUUACUGUCAUUUCUAGGAGAAAGAAAUUUGGAGCUGCGAAGUGACCUUGUAGAAGGCUUAACUAAGAGUUACAAGUCAGCAGGUUCUAAACUUGAAAGCUCCACCUUUCAUCUCAGCAGAGCACAGACAGCUGCAUUGGUAAUUCAUUCAUUUAUACAUUUAUAUGGUUAUGCACUGAUCAACUUGAAGCUUCGUCAUACCUCCCCCCUCCCCUACCCCAGCAACCCACAGCAUUUGACUGUUGUCUGUUCUUUGAGGGGUGGGGAAGUGUUUCCAGCCCAAUACAAGUGUUUUAUCUUUUGAUAUGGAGGUUGAAGCUUUGAAUUGUUAGAGGCAUUUUCAGUUUGUUCUUACACAACAAUAAUGUUUCUUUUAUCUGCAGGAUGUCUCACAUAAUACAAGAAUGAUGCUUGAAGAUCUCACUACAAUUUCAACGUUACUGGAGAGCAUUUUGGGGACAGGAAAACUGCUACCUCUUAAAGUUACUGUUAAUUAUAAGUAGUCGAAGAUUCAAUGAAAUAAAUAUAUUAAACCAUAUGUUUAAUUUUACCCUUUUGUUUUAUUAGUGCUUUUAAAUAAUUGCAAGACCCAUGUGUUAAUAUCCUAUAUUGUGUCUUUGUAACAGUCGAAACCUGUGUCAAGCAGCACUGUAUUAAGAGGUGACCCUGUAUCAGCUAUUUUAAGCAUUGGCUUAUCAAAGUCCCAAAUUUGCUUCCCCUUAACCAUUGUAAUAUUCACCUCUAUUAAGCGGUCACCUCUUUCAGGGAGAUGUGGUCACCCUUUACUAAGUCCCAACAGCCUGUUUGUAUGAUCAUCCAUUUGUAAUGAAGAGUCAAUUAAAGUAAUUUUCACCUCUAUUAAGU